AAUGAACGUAGAUGACAAAACAAAGCAAUCGCCAUUUUAAUUCGACGAAAAUAGAAUGAGAAACAAUUGAAUCAUUUAUUAUCUUUGGGACAGUUAUUGACUGAAAUAAUCAUAAUAAAUGUGAUUUGUAUCGUUGUCUACACAAAAUUCCACAAUUCAAGCUUGGAAUUUCCAUGCGAUUGGUGUAAAAAUAGCCAACAAAACUUUGACCUGAAAACGCAAUAGCAGCAAGUUCCAUUGAAAAAUGGCAACAGUGAAAAAAAUUGUUUUGAUUUUGUUGAACAAAAAAAAAAUAAUUUUCCAUAUUGAAAGAAUAAUUUUCCGGUUUUAUGUGGCAAUUUUUUCCAAUUUUUCCAUUUUUCCUACAUGUCAAACGAAACAAAUGGUAAAAAUUGUGGCGAUAAAUUGUUGCGCGCAAUACAAGAAUGAAAAUUGCGAUUGUUCUGUUGGUUUCGCGAGCAGCCAUAUUUAUUUCUGCUAAUUGCAAUUAAAAUGAGAUGCACUUUUCACUCAAAAUCCACACUAUCCUAAUUGGUUGGCAAAGAUGCCAAAUGGGGGUGCUAACACUUCAUUUUAAUUUGUCAAACGCAGCGAAAUGUGACAAGUGCUUGAAGUGAUGACAAGAAAUAUGUUGUUAGAGAUGAAAUUUGUGAGAUGACACCAGGCAAAGUGACGACGACAAGCGAUAAUAAUGCAUCCAGUGCAGAUUUAUCGCUUUGCGCAGAGGUGUCGCAUAAAGACGAUGCGCCCACGACUGAUGCAAAAGAGAUAAAAAAGCCAAUUGUGUCUUCUGAUACUGACAUAUCAAAUUCGAUUGAGAGAAAUGAAACGAAAAUUAAUGACACCGCCCAAAGGGCGAAACCACCGUUUGAUGAAAAACUCAAAUUGGAGACAUCAGAGGAGCAGUUACUUGGUUCGCUAACAUCGAUGAGUAGUCCGGCGGUUCGAACCAGUGCUCGCGUCAUUCAGAAAAUGAAAAUGGACUCGAUACGACCGACAACACCACCGCCUGCCGAUAAAGACGAACAUCAUCGUAAUGCACAGAAAACGCCAAACCAACAUCGACCCUCGAAAACCAUUUGGAAUAACAUUGAACGGAAUCUAUUUUUUGAUGCCAUCAAUGAGUAUGGCAAAGAUUUUGAAUCAAUUGCCAAUUACAUCAAUGGCAAACAGAAACGAAAAAAUGCCACGGAUCCAACGUAUAAAGCUAAGGAACACGUGAGAUUGUUGUAUUAUCAAACAUUUACCAAAAUUUCGAAAUAUUUACGCUUUUCUGAAGAUGUGGCCAAAAAAGUGCAAGAAUUAUACGCAAUCAUCAAUUAUGGUGAAAUGAGAAAGAAAAUACCCGUUGAUAAUCAAAAGUUUUAUAUGAAAUUGCGUGAGCUAGUCUAUCGCGGAUCAGUGACUUGGCGUGUCAAAGGGAAAAAUUGCAGGAUUAAAACACCGUCAUGUCCGGCAUUGCGCAAGAUCAAUCAAGUUGAAAAAUGGCAAGAGGAUAUAAAAUUACCGGCAAAAGUGGACGUCGAUUUACGGCCAUCAGACAAUGAGUCAUGGUAUACCGUGCAAUCGAUUGCACAAAAUCCACGAGUUAAAACGUCGUUGCCAUUACAAAAGAGAUUAAUAAGCCUGCUCAAGACAUUGCAACAAAAGUGGAAGAGUCGAGAGGCAAAAAUGUGGGACCAAACAAUGAGCGGCUCAUCGCCAAAGUUGAACCAGACCGUCACACAGAUGUCUAGUUCUACAAGUGUAUCAAGUGGAGCAGCACCGCAGACUUCAACCUGUUCGAAUGCUUUAGAAAAUAGUACAAAUGGCGAAUCAUCGCACGGAAAUUUACAGUCAAAUUAUUCCCCAUACUCGGAGCCAGUAUUGUGUAUAGCACCACCACUUGAUGCGACAAUCCAUCGUCCAUAUGUUAAUCUGACCGACUUUUUGAAUAGCUAUAGCAUUUGUUUGAAUUCCUAUGAGGAACGCAUUAAUGCAUCGGUUCGUGGUGAGAGUCUUUGUGCCGAGCACAUAACAAAUGUCAAAGAAACAAUCAAAUCAAAUACAAAGCGUCAGCGCCACGAUAGUGGCUCGGAGAAAAAAAGUCCCGAUACGAAACGAACCAAAGCCACAGAUGGUGAGAAAUUCGAGCAUGAAGUUAUGAAAAAGGCAAUGUCAUCCACAUCUCAAGAUGGAAUGUCAACUAGCGAAGAAUUGGUUGAUGAACGCGAAUUUUCAUCGCCCACCUAUGAGAAUGCCAUGUUUGAGAUCGAAGACGCGAACUGUCACAUUCCCGAAUCGUCAUCGGCCGAUGAAUGUGAAACUGAAAUCAAUUUGUGGAAUGGUGCCAAAUUUAAAUUUGAACCACCGGACGAUUUGAACUCGGCAGUUGAUAUCAAAAAAGAACCACCUGAUCAACGGAACAUCAACAAAACAACUAAGAAAACAGAAAACAAAUCGCAUUUGGCAAUGAAUAAGAAGCGGGAUUUGAGAACAACCAAUCGAGAAUCAUUUCGACCACUUAUCAAUGAAGAGGUUAUACAGAAAAUUCGCAAGGGAUGGACCAUUUUUAACGUUGGUGAUAUUACGAUCGGAGAUUUAUAUAUCAUGUUUGGACAAGAUUCGAAGGUUCGAUUGGAGUACAAGUGGAUAUCACCGGCUCAACAAAAUGAAAUCAAGACUGAAUUAACGAAAAUGGCACAAAAACCGGAUGCAACAACAUUCGAUGGAAAGGAGGUGUCCGAAGACGAUAUCAAAUCUGAAAAUGUGAUGAUUGGCACUUUGAGCGCCCCAAACAAUGAUGAUGCCGUCGAUACAAAACCAUUUCACGUUGGGGCCAAACCGAAGAAUUCAUUGAGUAAUAAAUUGAAACAGUUACUGAUGUUGGCCAGUCUGAUGGAGAAAACGAAACGGAAGACGAGCUGCGCAUGCGGACAUUAUUGCGAUCGUGGAGUGAACAAAAUGAAGCAGAAAGAUGAGGUUCUUCCCAGAAGCUUUAUUUCGAACAAAACCUAUCCAGCGUCGCAUAAUGACAGCGCCCUGUUUCGACAGCCAGUUUUGCCAACGCGUACGAGCCAUGCUCAUUUUGAGCCAUAUCGGUUGAAUAUGAAUGCACCGCGAAACAAGCAGAAUCGUUGGGUGAAAGGACGAAAUACGCGCGUACAAAAGCAGGUGGUUGUUCAGCGUAUUCUUCCGUUACAGCCAGGGAUCACUCAACCGUAUGGAGUAUACGCUGCACCUGAUAUCAACUAUCCGAUUGAAAAUUCGAUGAUCAAACCAUCAUCAUCCGCCUCUUCCUCCACAUCGUCAGUGGAAUAUAAAUCGAUCCUAACGGAAGAAAACCUGAGCCGUAUGAAUCAUUUAUCGGAAGAUGACAAUCCAAAUUUGCGAUCAAGCUCAAUUGAUAAAAGCUCGAGCAAUAGUUCAACACAAAAUAACGAGGAUAAUUCAAGCGCCAGCGAACAUCAGAAAUGUGAUAGUGGAAUCGAAUCGUGUGACAUGAUCGAUUCGGGUGACAAUGAACCGGAAUAUUCUGCAUCUGACGCCGAUCAAAUGGAUAGUGACGAGGAAGAGAAUAAUCGCAUUAGACAAAGGCUUAACGAAGAUCCAGGCAUUCAAAGUCUCAUGGAAAUAUCACUACCAUCUCCGAUUCCAAUCAAUCAUUCAGUGGAUGAAUUUUAUUCAGAUGGUAUUGACAGUCAGCCAGCAAUAAGCCCGAUGAGGAUUCUUCGUGAAUCACCCGUACCAACUGAUUCAAAGUGGUUGGAUGAGCACAUAAACGACUUCUCGUUGAGUAGUUUCCUUGGACAUUUGGAGUCAAAUUGUGAUGCGGCCAAUAGCAGACGAUCUCGUUCACCUCGAUGUCUGGAGAGCAGUAAUAUGUCAACGAUAAGCGAAACUAGCGUCGAUUAUAUGACACGAUUCGAGGAGAUUACGGAGAAAAUGAAAAAUGAACCGAAUAAUAUUGUCACGCCAUAGAAACUUCUUCCUAAAUCAUUUUGGCAGCUACGUUUUGUUUGUUUGUUUAAACUUACAAUUGUUGAUUUGAUCAGAAUUAAACUGACUGCACUGGUUUUAAGCAUCAUCAUUUUACAUAUAGAUAUAUAUUGAUUUUUUCCUCGCUCCUGUAGAUUUAAGAGAACCCAUUUAUUUACUGAUUUACCCGUAUGUUACGCUCAUUUAACCAUAUGUUUUAUUAUUACUCAAACGUUUACAAAUACAAUUGCUAUUUAAACAUGAA